AAAUUUAUUACAACUGGCAGAUAACAACAUGAGCCCGCGUUUGAUUAUCAUUUAUUUUUAAAGUUAAAUUGCAGUUAAUAUUGAUUUUCCAAUCGCAGCUGUUCGCAAAGCAGUGCAAUCAGAGUGCGAGUGCAAUCAGUGCAAGAGAGCAUCAGCUGUCGACCGACUGCCAGUGAGAGUUUCGACGCAUCGACAUCAGCAAUUGUUUGCCAAUAGGCAUUUUUUCUUAGUACAAAGCGCCGGCAGAAGAGGCAGCAGCAGCAGUAGCAGAAAACUGUAGGAAGUAGAGAAGCUGGACAGGAACGGGCGGAACAAUGGCUAUCUUGAAGUUCUUGCAAAACAAACUGUAACGUAUCCGCAAACAAAUCCGUCAAAUUAGUAACAAUCGACCAACAACAAACAACAGCACAACAAUACAAUAAUACAACAAUAAACAUGCGUUCCAAGCUUCCCAGUACAUGAUGAAGACGAAUCGUCUGGUGUUGCUGCGGCACGGUGAGAGCGAGUUCAAUCUGGAGAACAAAUUCUGCGGCUGGCACGAUGCGCCACUCACUGAGAACGGUGAACGUGAGGCCUGCAUGGUGGCCACCCCAGCGCUCCUCGAGUCGCAACUGGAUUUCGAUGUGGUGUACACAUCGGUGUUGGAUCGCUCCAAAAAAACCGCCGAUCUGAUACUGAGCAAUAUGGAUCGCGCCCAUGUGCCAGUGAAGGCCGACUGGCGAUUGUGCGAGCGGCACUAUGGGAAUCUGACGGGCUUUGGCAAGCGUGAGAUAGCGAAUAUCUAUGGCGAGGAUCAGGUUCAGGCCUGGCGACGCGGCUACGAUGACGUGCCACCAGCCAUUAAUUUGGAAAAUCGGUAUUACUACACGAUCCGAAACAAUCACAUCUUCGAUGAUGUGCCGGCGGGUCAGUUCCCGCUGACAGAGUCCCUUGGCAUGUGUGUGGAUCGCGUGGAGCCCGUGUGGCAGGAGAUCAAGCAGGAGGUACUCAACGGCACUAGGGUCUUGAUCUGUGUACAUGGAACGGUUACCCGGGCCCUGGUCAAGCACAUUGAAGGUAUCUCCAAAGAGGCCAUCCAGAAGGUAAACAUUCCCAACUGCAUUCCCCGGGUGUACGAAUUCAACAUGAAGACUGGGGAGCUGCUUGGGGGCGCCGUCAAUCUCGGUGAUCCGGAGUAUAUCAAGAAGAAGACUGCCCAGGUGGCAGCCAUCGGUGAUUAAAAUUAGCGAGACUUUAAUAUAGACCGUGAAUCAUUCUGAAUCUACACAGAAGGCUCUUGCAGUUAGCGUAGUUCCACUGUAUAUGUAUACAUAAUCGAUAUUUAAACCAUAAUUUAUACCUACAUAUACACACUAUAUUUUCGACCAAAAAUAUACAAUUAAAUAAAUACAAAAGAUAAGC